AUGCCUCACCACGGUCUCCACCACGUGGGCCUCGGCGAGGAUAGGGAGGAAGCCGAGGAGGCCUUCAUCGAUCUCGAGGACCCCGACGUUGACGUUCUCGACGAGUCUGCCCUGGCCGAGGAAGACGGCGACGAUGCCUCUGACGUGCCUGAUAGCCAGGCCGGAAUGGGUGGAGAGAGCAGGGAACACGGGAGACAAGACGAGGAGGAUGGUGCAGGCGAUGACCUGCACCUGCGGGCCGAAAUGGAGGACCUGAACGCAGCUCCUGACCAUGAGCCAGAGCGUGACGACGCCUUUGCGACGUUUGUGGCGCCGGAGAAAAAGCCUCUGCAUGCAAUCGCGGUGCACCCGCAGAAUGCCUGCAUCUUCGCUGUGAGUGGGGAAGGGGAGGAGGUGUACAUCUUGGAGCUGGGCGACACUGUCAAGGAACCGGUGCUCAAGGCUACCCUCAAGGGGCACACCGACACCGUUAGCCUUCUCUCAUUUUCUCCAAAUGGGCAGUGGCUGGCCAGCGGCAGUCUUGACUCCAGCAUCUCCGUAUGGUCGACGGAGACGUGGGAUCGGAAAUGCACACUCACCGAUCUCUACGGCGAGAUCAUGACGCUUUUGUGGCAUCCUUCCAGCCUUAUUCUCGCCGCCGGCGCCGACGACGCGCAGGCUGCCAUGUGGAACGUUCUCAAAGGCACCCUCCUCAUGUACUUUGUUGGCCACCGCGGUGCUGUUACGUGUACUGCCUGGUCGCCAGACAUCAAGAAACUGGUGACUGGCAGCAGCGACGGCACUGUUGGCGUUUUCAACCCCAAGAAUGGGGAGGAAUACUUCAACAUAUCGAAGGACCUGAGCCCCGACAACGCCGGCAUUACGGCACUUCUCUUUGUGAACGACGACCAGUGCGUGGGCGGCUGCGAGGAUGGCACGCUGCACGUGAUCUCUCUUCGAAAUGGCAAGGUCGCUGCGCACUUUGAGGACUUGCACGAGCAGGCAAUCGAGUCACUGGCCAUGAGCAAGGACUCUCUGCUCCUCUUGACGACCAGCUGCGACUGUCGCGUCAUUGUGUGGAACGUUGCGGACUUCUCUCCUCGUACGACACUGGAGGUGGGUGAAAGCGUCAUUCCUGCUGUGUGGUCCCACUCUCACCUGAUCGUUGCCGGGUGCAGCGACGGCGAGAUCCGCGUAUGGGACGGACGCUCUGCGGUGCAGCAGCCGCUGGCAGUGCUCAUGGGUCACCGUCGCAUGGUCCUCAGCCUUGUAACCACCUCAGCAACUCUAGCGAGCACAAGCGACGAUGGCACGGUUAAGUUUUACCGAUUCACAGAGACGUUUCAGUAA